CCGAGAAGCGUGAGAAACCUGUUUUACGUGUGUUUUUGCUAGAGAUGAUGAUGUGAUGGCAAGGAUGCGCAUAAUCAGGACAUUCAUGUGAGGCAGACUGCAUUACAGCUUUAGACAGAAUAGCAAGAAAUGUCCAGUCCACUAGAGCGGGUUGUAGCCCAGAAGAAGGAGGCCAUUGAAGCAGUAAUGGAGAUGUUCGAGAGAGGAGCCGAGGUGCUGGCCAGCGCUGUCGGGGGACUAUGUCCUCUUUUUGAAGCUUCUGCUCCAGUUUUGAGACUGGUCUUGGACAACGUGGAGAGCAAAGAGGUCACAUACGUCAAAGACCAGUUUCUAGUAGUGAGGAGCAAAUUAGACGUCCUCUCGUGUCAGUUACAGGACAUUGACUCUGAGAUCAGAAGGAGACGGUUGGAUUCUCAGUUCUUCUCUGUGGAAGAAAAUUUUAUAAACCAGUUUAGAAAAUACAUAGACAUUCUGGAGGCUAAACCUGAGUAUAAGGAAGUCAAAAAACGCUUGUUCUUAGAGCAUUUUCUCAUAACAGGAGGAGAGAAAAACCUAAAUGUGCUUUACGAUGCUGUGAUGGGGAACAGCACAUUUGGAGAACCGAUCCUGGAUGUUGUGGAGCAAUACGAGGCCAAAAGCAGAAGAGUCCUGGAAGAUUUCUGCGUCAGACUGAAGGAGCUGCUCUGCUUGGGAAUCAUCGCUCUGCUGGGAUACUGUUUCCUUACUCAGGGUGAGGAAUCAGAGCAGGAGAAGAUUCAAGAGUGGGGCACGAAGAUCCAAGAAAUUGAGACGAAAAUGAAGGAAAUGAUAGAAAGAUGCGUUGAUUCGUUUCCAGAGCAAGCUGAACUGGACAUCAAGAGGCUUGUGAAGGAGAAAGAAGAUGAGAACCUUCAGGAAACGGCCAGAGAACUGCUGGACUUCCUGGUGAAGAAGUACGACUGGGUGAGCUGGUCCAUCAGAGUCAUUAGCAACUUGGGCAAAAUUAGCAACUUAAGAGCCGGACAAAACUUUCAGUGCGUGGCCGGACAGAAUUACUUUGAAGUAUCUCAAGGAAAUGACACCAACCUGGUGGUCUCCUUCAGCAGCGACCCUCAGCCCGUGUCCGACGAGAGCGUGAAGCAGAUGAUGGAAGGCCCUGCGAGGAAAGGAGACCCCAAAGCUGUCGUGGAGCUUCUGGAGAAGCAGUUAGCUGGGUUUCUGGUUCACGCCGUCAGUCGCCACAAGGACAGCUUUGCUCUGUCGAGUUUUCCUGAAGAAUGUCACUACUGGGAGAAACAUAAGAACGUGAAUCUCUGUGUGCAUUCAGAGUAGAUCCUGA